UCGAUCCUGCGCGGCGGCUGCUAAGGCGGGGGCGGAGGCUCGGUCUGGGCGGCAGGGAGCGGAUUAGGGGAGGAGGGAAGACCGGAAGCCACGGUCGCGUCCCCAUCCUUAGAUUUGCUCCCCCGGGCUGGGAGCGGAGACGGAGGAGGAGGGAGAGGCUGAAUGUUGGCUCCGUAAUAAAGGGGAGCGGCCGCUCCGGAGCCUCCUCCCGGGGCGCCCCCCUCAUUCCGCCCGCUCCCUGCACCCACCCAGCUCCUGGGCGCCCGGCCCCCGAGGCCGGCCCGGCAGCACAGACCUUCGCUGGAGAGACUCGGCCAGUGGCGGGGACUGGCCGGCGGCGUCCGAGGCCCGCGCCCCGCCGCCACCCCCACCCGCUAGCCCGCCGGUCCCUCUGGCCGCCGCCAUGUCCUCCUCCUCAUCCUCUCCCAGGGAGACGUACGAGGAGGACCGCGAGUACGAGAGCCAGGCCAAGCGCCUCAAGACCGAGGAGGGGGAGAUCGACUACUCGGCCGAGGAAGGCGAGAACCGCCGGGAAGCGACGCCCCGGGGCGGGGGCGAUGGCGGCGGCGGCGGCGGCGGCCGGAGCUUCUCACAGCCGGAGGCAGGUGGAAGUCAUCAUAAAGUUUCUGUUUCACCAGUUGUCCAUGUUCGAGGACUCUGUGAAUCUGUGGUGGAAGCAGACCUUGUGGAGGCUCUGGAGAAAUUUGGGACAAUAUGCUAUGUUAUGAUGAUGCCGUUUAAACGGCAGGCUCUAGUGGAAUUUGAAAACAUAGAUAGUGCCAAAGAAUGUGUGACGUUUGCUGCGGAUGAACCUGUGUACAUUGCUGGUCAACAGGCUUUUUUCAACUAUUCUACAAGCAAAAGGAUCACUCGGCCAGGAAAUACUGAUGAUCCAUCAGGAGGCAACAAAGUUCUUCUGCUAUCAAUUCAGAAUCCUCUCUAUCCAAUUACAGUGGAUGUUUUAUACACUGUAUGCAACCCUGUUGGAAAAGUACAACGUAUUGUUAUAUUCAAGAGAAAUGGGAUACAAGCAAUGGUUGAGUUUGAAUCAGUCCUUUGUGCCCAGAAAGCUAAAGCAGCACUCAAUGGAGCAGAUAUAUAUGCUGGAUGUUGCACACUAAAAAUCGAAUAUGCAAGGCCAACUCGUCUAAAUGUUAUUAGGAAUGACAAUGACAGUUGGGACUACACUAAACCAUAUUUGGGAAGACGAGAUAGAGGAAAGGGUCGCCAGAGACAAGCCAUUUUGGGAGAACACCCUUCUUCGUUUAGACAUGAUGGCUAUGGAUCCCAUGGUCCAUUAUUGCCUUUACCAAGUCGUUACAGAAUGGGCUCUCGAGAUACGCCUGAGCUUGUUGCAUAUCCAUUACCACAGGCUUCUUCCUCUUACAUGCAUGGAGGAAAUCCCUCUGGUUCAGUUGUAAUGGUUAGUGGAUUACAUCAGCUAAAAAUGAAUUGUUCAAGAGUGUUCAACUUAUUCUGCUUAUAUGGAAAUAUUGAAAAGGUAAAAUUUAUGAAGACCAUUCCUGGUACAGCACUGGUAGAAAUGGGUGAUGAGUAUGCUGUAGAAAGAGCUGUCACACACCUUAACAAUGUCAAAUUAUUUGGGAAAAGACUUAAUGUUUGUGUGUCUAAACAACAUUCAGUUGUUCCAAGUCAAAUAUUUGAACUGGAGGAUGGUACAAGUAGCUACAAAGAUUUUGCAAUGAGCAAAAAUAAUCGCUUUACAAGUGCUGGUCAAGCAUCUAAGAAUAUAAUCCAGCCACCCUCAUGUGUGCUGCAUUAUUAUAAUGUUCCAUUGUGUGUCACAGAGGAGACUUUCACAAAGUUAUGUAACGACCAUGAAGUUCUUACAUUCAUCAAAUAUAAAGUGUUUGAUGCAAAACCUUCUGCCAAAACACUUUCUGGGCUAUUAGAAUGGGAGUGCAAAACUGAUGCAGUAGAAGCCCUUACGGCACUUAAUCACUACCAGAUAAGAGUUCCAAAUGGUUCCAAUCCCUACACAUUGAAGCUUUGCUUUUCUACAUCAUCCCAUUUAUAAGAAGAGAAGAGCAUGUUAGAAUUUAUGUUCACCUUUAUUACAAUUUUAAAGCUACACUUCAUUAAAAAAAAAAACUAAGAUGGUUGAUCUAAUGUUGCCUUGCUUACUUUGAUUUAAGAUCCUGUUCUGUAAUAAACAAAUAUUUUGCCUUGAGUAAACUUGUUGUAAAGUUAAAUAUUGAAUUGUUUUCAUUUUAAAAUAGAAUGUCAUAAUGUAGACUAUCUACAGCUUCCUUGUAGAUUACGCAAAUAUAUGAUUUCUAAUCUUAUUUUUCUUCCACAGUGAAAAUAUAUUUGCAUUCUUAAUGCUAAUUAUCUGCAAGUAUUUUUCCAUUGUGUAUGAGAUUAAUGCAGGUGAAAGUAUUGCAUUUUAAUAUUAUAGAAUUCCUAUUAUAUGUUUAGAUGUUUAAGUAUGUUGCAGUUAUUCAUAUUAAACAUAACUUGUAUUUAUUAAGUAUUUUAAUCAAGUUUGAGAAUAACAUUGCACACAAUGAAUUUUAAGUACUAAAGAUUUAGCUGAUUUUAUAUUUCUGAAAGGCUAACAGACAUGGAUACACUUGUACAGUAUGCACUCAAACUUAUUUAAAUUGUUGUAAUUUUUUUUUUUUUAAGUCAUUGUCCAUUUGUAUUGCCAUGCCUCUGUUUCUAGUUCCAGUUUGGAGAUUUUAUAAAGUUACAACAAUGA